CAGAUACAAUACAGGUUCCGUACCAGUUCAAUACCGUACCCGAUACCAAAUCCUCAUCCCUAUUCUUCCCUUCUCUUUGCAUUUUCCAAGUUACCAUUUACCAAUCCAAUCGGUUUCAUUCUCCAUAACCACCGCCGCUUCCACCGCCCAACAACUAUCAUCAACCAUCAAAAUCUUCUAAUUUGAUCUUGCCACCGUCAUCGCCGAUUUUCAAAUUGUGUAUGGCCUGAUUGUCUAUUUAAUGGGAGGUGUUGAUUCUGAACCACCAUCUAAACGUAGAAAACUCAAACAAUCAUCAAUGGCUGAAACGUUAGCCGAUGAUUCAAUCGGUUCAAAGAGAAUCAAGAAAGUUGAAUUCGUUAGACUAAUAGCGGAAUCAUUACAUUCUUUUGGGUAUACAAAUACACUUUCAAAUCUUGAAAAAGAAUCCGGCAUUGCAGUUUCAUCAGGUUUAGUUAAUGAAUUCAUCAAACUGGUUCUUGAUGGGAACUGGGAUGAAAGUUUGAAUUCGUUGCGAAAGUUAUCGGUUCUUGAUGAAUCGGUUGUUAAAUUGGCGUCUUUUGUGAUUUUAGAACAGAAGUUUUUGGAACUUUUGAAUGCUGAUAAGUUUAUUGAUGCUUUAAGAACUUUAAGGACUGAGAUAUCAUGUCUUUCGAUUGAUCAAACACGGGUUCGUGAGCUUUCGUCGUUGUUGUUAUGCUCGCGUGGUAACGUGACUAAACCGAAGCCGAAACAGGAGGUGAUUAUUGAUUUGCAGAAGGUGUUUCCUCCGGAUGUUAUGAUCCCACAAGGGAGAUUGGUUCAAUUAGUGGAACAAGCUCUUGAUUCGCAACAAGAUUCGUGUUCGUUUCAUAAUUCUGUAUGUGUUGAUUCGUUGUUCAGUGAUCAUAACUGUGGAAGAAGUCAGAUUCCGUCGGAAACGUUGCAGAUUCUGCAAGAGCAUCAAGAUGAAGUCUGGUUUGUUCAGUUUUCUCAUAACGGGAAGUUCUUAGCUUCGUGUUCGAAAGACAAGUCAGCAAUUAUAUGGGAAGUUAGUCUCGAUGGUAGAAUCGUUGUUAAGCAUAGAUUACUCGGGCAUAAAGAACCGGUUUCUUGUGUUUCAUGGAGUCCGAACGAUGAUUGGAUUCUCACAUGUGGUGUGGAAGAGGUUGUGAGGUGUUGGGAUGUUCAAUCUGGUGAAUGUGUUCACGUUUAUGAUAAAACCGAUCUUGGUAUGGUUUCGUGUAACUGGUCUCCGGAUGGUCAAAGGGUGUUUACAGGAUUCAAUGAUAAGAGUAUCGUAAUGUGGGAUUUGGACGGGAACGAGAUGGAAUCUUGGAAAGGUGAAAAGACGUUAAGGAUAUCGGAUUUGCAGGUUACAGGUGACGGUAAGUUUAUAAUUUCAAUCUGCAAGGAGAAUAUGAUACUUAUAUUCGAUCGAGAUUUAGCGAAAGAAAGAUUAAUCAAAGAGGAUUAUAACAUUGUUUCGUUUUCAUUAUCCGGUGACAAUAAGUUCUUGUUGGUUAGUUUGGUGAAUCAAGAAAUACAUCUUUGGUGUCUUGAUGGAGAUGUACGGCUUGUAGCUAAAUAUAAAGGUCAUAAGUGUUCACGAUUCGUGGUUCGGGCUUGUUUUGGCGGGGUUGAUCAAGCGUUUGUUGCUAGCGGGAGUGAAGACUCACGAGUGUAUGUAUGGCACAGGGAAACGGGCGAGCUUAUAAAGACUUUGGGAGGUCAUUCCGGAGCUGUGAACUGUACUAGUUGGAACCCGGUGAACCCACAUAUGGUUGCAUCGGCUAGUGAUGAUCGAACCAUACGUAUCUGGGGUUUGAAAGACCUGAACUCAAACCACAGUUGCAAGUGUAGGACUUGAACUUCAUAGAUAAAACUGUGUUUACAUCUUAUGUUUCUGAACUGGGAUUGAAAUUUGUAGUUUUAUUGGGAGGUUGUUUGGUUUGAAUACAUAAAGAUUGCAUGAUUUGUUAUGUUCU